CUGAACGAAAAAUGGCUGGCGAUUUAAGAGUCCUAAGCAGGUCAUUGAAACAUUACAAACCCACAACCUCUAUAUUACCAGAGAAUUCACUUUCUCUUCAAUCCAAUCAAUGGAUUCACCAAACUCGCCAUACUCUGAUUUUAGAGUCAGCCCCGUCUCACUCCGUCACUUUCCACCGACUCUCCGACUCCUAUUCCGGGAUUAUUGAGGUUAGGUUUGAGAGGCCGGAGGUGAGGAAUGCAAUUGGCAGAGAUAUGCAGAGACGUUUACAAAGUGCCUUUGAAGCUGUCAGUGAGGAUUCCUCUGCUAAUGUUUUGCUGAUCCGCAACAACGUUUCCAAGGUGUUCUGUGCUGGGGCAGAUUUAAAGGUCGGAAUUUUGAUUAUGUUUUUUGUCCAAAUCGAUGUUUUUCUUUUCUUUCAAGGAACUUGUACUCGAUAUCCAAAGAAUUCUUCAAAUUUAUGUUCACUUUAUAGAAAUUAUGGCUUUAAUUUUCAAUCUGGGGCUGUGAUCAGCAUUCAUAACCUUCUUCCUUGCUUCUUCUUGUUGGAUAGUUGCACAAACAUUGUUGAAGGAGAAGAUGCAGUGAUGGGCUUGCCAGAAACAGGACUUGCUAUAAUUCCUGGAGCAGGUGGAACACAGCGACUUCCUAGAUUGGUAAGAAAAGCAAUAUCAGAGGAACUAAUAUUCACUGGUAGGAAGAUUGGUGGCAGGGAAGCAAUGUCGAUAGGUUUGGUAAAUUACCGUGUUCCUGCUGGUGAAGCUCAUCUAAAGGCAAUUGAAGUUGCUCGCAAUAUAAAUGAGAAGGGUCCAAUCGCAAUAAGGGUGGCAAAAAAAGCUGUUGACGAGGGGGUGGAGGUAGAUAAAACCUCAGCUUUGGCUCUAGAAGAACAAUGCUAUGAACAAACGUUGAACACAAAUGAUCGCUUGGAAGCCCUAGCAGCAUUUUCUGAGAAGCGAAAGCCAAAGUAUAAAGGAGCUGAAGAUGAUAAACUUGGUCUAAUUUGUCUUGGAUAAGUUUCUAAGUUGGACAGAUAUAAACUUGUCAGCAAUGACAAAAUGACAGGUCAGUCUAGGUCUUAAUUUUAUUUGAUCAUACUUUACCA